AGUGAGAGAGGAAAAAAGGGAGAGAGAGGCGGGAAGGACUUCUUGCGACAGGUGUAUCCGAAAAGACAGGUACACCCAUCCUACGUCGUAGACAAACAGUUUUCGUGACGCCUCACUUACAUUUCGACAUUCAUGUCAACUUGGUCAAGAAAUAUGGAUAACUUCGCGCAAGGAGAGCGCUGUUCUUAAGUAUCUUCAAUGACAGGACGCUUGCCAAUUGGAUCAUUAAGGUAACUCAAUCUGUUUAGUGGAAUAAAGGGCCACCUUCGCCAGAUUCUACACGGGCGGAUAUGCAGUAAACAUGAUUGGGACCAAUUUGCCGAUUUGUGUGGGGUUCGUUCCAACUGGAGUUCGACACACCUGUUGAAUGAAGCAGCUGGACUCGCGGUCUGUGACAGAUAAUCGAUCAAUAAUGAUGUCGCACCCGGGCGGGACAACACUACGUCUGUGGUUACUUUUUACAUUCAUCUCCCCACUCCCAGUAGCUGUGGCUCUGGGGGACUUUGUGGAGCCCAAGACCCCGUUCACUCUGCGUUCCCUGGCCGAGAUGGAGACACGUCUUCCCUGCCGUUUCCAGGUGGAGGAGGGCCAGGUUGUGGUUCAGGUCACUUGGACCAAAGAUAUGAGCGAUGGCACCAAAGAGUCCAUCAUCACUGCUCACCGCACCGCUGGACAAACUGCGUUCGGUCUGUGGUCCAGUCGUGUGCGGUUCAGCAGCAGCGAUCCCACGGUUGACUCCUCCAUGAUCAUCAUGGACACGGAUCUGUCCGACGAGGGAAAAUACUCCUGCAAAAUCAGCACCUUUCCCUCUGGAAACUUUGACAUCCAGCUCUCACUCACAGUGUGGAGCGUGCCCAUAUCCUACCUGGACCCUGUAGUUCUGGAGGAGGGCCAGUCCUUCCGAGUCGCCGCUUCGUGUCGCGCCGUCGGCCACCCCCCGCCCACCCUCUCCUGGGACACUGACCUGACCGGCCAGUCGACCAACCGGACAUUAGAGGGGGGCCCCGUAUCUUCCUACUUCUCGCUGCACCCCCUGCGGAAUAUGAACGGGCAGAAGCUGGACUGCCUGGUUCACCACCCGGCUCUGGAUCGACCUCGCAGGAUAAGCAACAACCUCGUCGUUCAUUAUCCCCCACAUGUGGAUGUGUCUGGGUUUGAUAGAAACUGGUACGUGGGGCUGGAAGGAGCUACGCUCAGAUGUGAGAGCGGAGGAAACCCCAGUUCUCACAGCUUUAUCUGGACGAGAAAGGGCGGAGCCUUGCCAGAGGGUGUGAUCCCGCAGAAUGAAUCCCUCCUGUUUGGCCGGCCCCUCAGCCUGACGGACGCCGGCACCUACCAAUGUGUGGCCAAGAAUGUUGUAGGGGUGGGAAAAGGAGCUAUGGAGGUCAUCAUAUCAGACACACCCCAGGAGAAGACGAUGUUUGACGACCUCAUGCUCCCCAUUGUGGGCGCGGCCGCAGGCGGCCUCCUGAUCAUCAUGCUCAUCAUUGUCAUCAGUGUCACAUGCCACCACAAACACAAGAGCAAGAAACUGAAGAAGGAGCUGACUGUAAAAAAGGAAGAAAUUUGCAGUCUUACCCUGUCACGACAAGCCUCCUUCAGGAGAAUGAACUCUGUCAGCACGGAUGCCAGAGGACAGACGGAGGAGAAUAUCCCUCUGAGAGUGGAGGGGACCCUGCGGACUAGUCUUUCCUCCUUGGCGGAUCAAGCUCGCUGCCGAGACAGUCGUUCUACUCUGUCUGGCAUUAGGUACGGAGGGGGAGGGGGAGUGGUGCUGGACUACCUGGGCCGACCAGUUAUCUACAACAACUCGCGGAGGGGGAGAGAGAGAGCCCUGGAGAGGGACGAGGAGAACCGAAUGAGAGUGGAGUCAUAUGUGCAGAACAGCACUAUGUCUCUGGAGGAAAACCACCUUCACCCUCCUCUCCACCCCUCUUCCUUUUCGAUGGAACAGUCCGGCGAGCUUCACAGGUCCUUGAACGGCAGUGCUAUGAUCCCAGCAGAGGGGGGUUUGAGGCAGGGGACUGUCAGCAGGAACCACCAACACUCCCCUCUGAACCUCAACUACCCCCCAGUGACGGACGAUGAACAGGACGAGGACGAAGGUGUGGGCGAGGUCCAGGGCGGUCAAAGGAGCCCCGUGGACGAGGGCAGGGGGGAUGACCGCUACAGCGAGACCAACAGCUCCCAGAUAUCGGACGUUCCAAACCACCAGCACUACCAGCAGCAGCCCAACGGCACCCUGAGACCCAAAGCUACCGGGAUCAAUCCCCACACAUCCACCAUACACAAGGCCCAGAUUGUGUAGAGGAUAAGGAACAGCCAGGCUGUGUGUGUUCGUGUGUGUGUUUUCACAUUGUACUCGAACCAGUGGAUGAGAUUUAGGGGACUUUACCUGGAUUGGAUCUGCACACGCUGACACUGAGGAUCUCGCAGUUACCCGCUCUUUUAGCCUAACGUGGAUUGGAUCUGCACACGCUGACACUGAGGAUCUCGCAGUUACCCGCUCUUUUAGCCUAAGGGAACCGACCAAACAUUCUCGGGGUGAAUGUAAUUGGUUGCCGUGACUGUGUUCAUUUGGGCUAUGCAAUAUGGGAUUUGUACAGUACCUGGUGGAAUACCUCUGUCAGUUGGCUGUCCCUCCUCACCACACCUGACUCGAACAGAUCUCCUCCACCUUAGCCUCAAGCACUGAGACAUUCUUGAUGACUCCUUAAUUAGCAGCCGUGCAUACUGUCAAUAGGAACUGAAAUCUGAAGGUUGAGAGACCAGGUUUUUACAUGGACUUCAGCCCAGAUGUGUUAGUAUUGGAAUAUCCAUUGUCAUUUGGGUAACUUAUACCGGAACUUUUGCCUGGAAAAUAACCACUCUAAGCCUGACUGGUUCACAGGUUUCUUAUGAUCUUUGACAUUACCCUCUACAUUACCCCCUACAUUAUCUCCUAUCCUUUGGAUCAGACUAUGUCCUGGAUGGAGCACUCAUUAAUGGAGAGAUUGUAAGUGGUUGGAUUUGUAGCAAAGGGCAACUAAGGUAGACUGACACAUGGAUAGUUUUAGGACUUAACAGUUCUCAAACUGUGAACACUGUUACAGCAUGCAUUUGCAUGGGUCAAAGUGUUUUUUUGUUACAUUUUUUGUGAAAGUUCAUCAAGCCUUAGGGUUGUGUUGUCGUAUUAAAAAGCUCACAAAGAACUUGCGAUGUGCCAAAUCAAACAUAUGUUAAGACAAAGAACCUUGUUUUAUGGGCCAAUAUGAAGUAUUAUUGUGUUUUAAACACACAUGCAUUGUAAUGGAUUAUUGUCAAUAGUGUAUGCUGUAAAUGGGUGCCUAUUAACAAUUGGGACAAGUUGUGCUCUUUUAACCUUCCAUAGAUGUUUCUAUAUAGUUUACUAUCAAUAUGUUUAGAAAUCAAGUAAUUUUUAUAAUAUACUACAGCAUUUUAGCUUACAUACUAAAAUGUUAGUUUACACUGCCCCCUGCUGUGUACUGAUUUUAAGUGCAUGGAGCUUUUUUAGAAAUAGCUACCAACAACUAUGCCUCUUCAAAAUAUUAUACAAACAACAAAACAAUCCAAUCUAUAAAUGUAAAACUGGCUUUCUGUGCUUUGCUUAAACUAAUCUUGUAUGCAUGUAAGCUCAUCAGUAUACAUAGAGCUUGUGUGAAUUGCUUAUUUCGAGAAGGUCCUCAUUGUGAAAUCGUUCUUGGGGUUUAUGUCACUGUUUAUGGACUGGGUGGACCUUUUUCAUGUGUUUGGAGUGACAUCAUGUUCUGUGACCUGUUAAAAAUCCAGUAAAAAAAUCGUUCUGUUGUGCUUUAUGAUAAACAUGACUGUAAGAAAGCAAAGCAAUGCACGCGAUGGGAUUUUGUCCAGAAAGUUUCUGGUUUGAGAAACUCCAAAAUGCAGAGUGGCUUUUUUGUAUUUGGGUAGAAUAUAAAUAUUU